AUGCCGCGGCGACGAUAUAGACUGUUCACGGUCUUUUCCGUAGUCAUUGUUAUUUUAUUAUAUCGUGUUCUACAGAAUUCCUGGGAUCCCCAACCACUGAGGCCGGCCGUGGUGGGACGACCCCAACCACCGCCACCACCCAGCGUGCCUGAUGCCGUUGUUGCAGCGCAUGUCAAAGCACAGUUUCCGCUGAAGGAUACCGGGGAGAGCAAGCCCGAGACUGGUCACGUUGCCCAAGAGGCAGCCGAUGAGGACUCUAUCGGUGCUGAGAAGCUCGCGGAGAAAAACAAGAAUGAGAAUGCCGAGAAAGGUGCGGGGACCAAGGGGCCUUCGUCCAAGGCCGAGGAUGCCCAACUCAAGCGGCCCAGCAGCAACAACAUGCCACAAGUAGAUUCAGAUUCAACCUUGGAACCCGGUACCAAGCCCGUGCAAGAACAUGAUGAACACGGUCACUUGCAAAGGCCCCUUGGCCACGGUACAGACGACCAGACAACAACAGCAACUACCACGAGCAACCAAUUUGCCAAACCCACCAAAGUGCACUGGACAAAGCCCAAGGAGCACUUUCCACUACCCAAGGAGAGCAUCAUUACUCUGCCCACCGGCACUGCAAAGAAGAUUCCCCGGAUUCAACAUGUGUUUUCGCCCGAAGCUGAAGGCCCCAAGAAAAAGCGCCUGCAGAGGCAGGCAAAGGUCAGGGAGCAAAUCCAGCGGUCUUGGGCGGGAUACAGAAAGUAUGCGUGGAUGCACGAUGAGCUGUUGCCCGUCUCCAACCGAUCCCGCGAUCCGUUUUGCGGAUGGUCGGCGACAUUGGUUGACUCGCUCGACACCCUGUGGAUUGCUGGCUUGAAGGAUGAGUUUGACGAGGCCGCCAAGGCCGCCAAAAACAUCGAUUUCACUUAUACAAACAAGGACAGAAUCCCUGUUUUUGAAACAACCAUUCGAUACUUGGGCGGCCUCAUAGCGGCCUAUGAUGUGAGCGGUGGUGCGUCGGGGGGCUAUUCUUUCUUGCUAGACAAGGCCGUCGAAUUGGCUGAGGUCUUGAUGGGGAUAUUCGACACUCCAAAUAGAAUGCCUCUACUAUACUACAACUGGCGACCCGAGUAUACCUCACAACCUCGCCGAGCCACCAGCGCAGGUAUGGCCGAACUAGCAACACUGUCCAUGGAAUUCACCCGAUUAGCCCAAUUGACGGCGCAGCACAAGUACUAUGAUGCCAUCGAUCGCAUCACCAAUGGCCUGAUAGAACUCCAAAAGAGAGGCACAACAAUCCCUGGACUCUUUCCUGAAAAUUUGGACAUUUCCGGUUGCAAUAGGACUGCCACAAACCGCCGUGAUGCCAUGAGCGAAGCAGCCAAGGCUCAAGUUGAUUCAGAAGUAGUUUUGAAGCCUCCCCAAGGAUUCAGCGAAGACGGGGCUGAUAAAGAGUCUACUGGUACUAGUGACAGAACCAAGCUCGACGAUCGACUUGAACGCCGAGCGCUGUCAUCUCUCCAACAGGAUGUUGACGCAGCGCUAUCUGCUGAUAAAGCACCUACUGCGAACAAUGCAAACAAUGCAAAGCCCCAGCCAAAGUCGCAAGUCCCUCUUGGAGCAGAUGGAAGCAAGUCGGAGUGGGACUGUGUUCCUCAGGGAUUUGUGCCUGGAGGCUCUAUCUAUGAAAGCUAUCACAUGGGUGGGAGUCAAGAUUCUGCGUACGAGUACUUUGGCAAGGAAUAUCUGCUGCUCGGUGGAAAGGAACCCAAAUAUCAAAAGCUCUACGAAGAUACUAUCGAAAGCAUCAACAAGUAUCUUCUGUUCCGGCCCAUGGUACAGGGAGAUUGGGAUGUCAUAUUUCCAGCUAGAAUCAGGAUGAUGUCCAAUGGAGCCUCUCCAAGGGUCGAGUAUGAAGUCACUCACUUAACAUGCUUCAUCGGCGGCAUGUAUGCUCUUGGUGGGAAGCUUUUUGGACGUGAAAAGGACGUUGAAUAUGCCAAGAAAUUAACAGAUGGCUGUGUCUGGGCAUAUCAAUCCACAGCAACUGGAAUCAUGCCUGAACAUGGACAAGUUGUUCCCUGUCCCAACAUGGAGAAAUGCAGCUUUAACGAGACUCUAUGGUGGCAGGCGCUUGACCCCAUUUACCGCAUACGUGAUCAGGGAGUGAGUGAGUGGGAGAAGAAUGCAUUAGAGCGUGAGCAACUAGAGAAACAGAAGCAGGAGCUUGAGCAGCAAAUUGCCCAGAUGGAUACGGAAGCCAGAAUUGAGGGUCUUGAAGCGUUGGGCGAAGAUGAUGGAGACUACGGUUUUCAGAGAGAAACAAGCACUUCAGACUCAACAUCUACCUCAGUAUCUAGCAAGUCCAGUCUUUUGGAGAGGAGAGCAGCCAUUUCUGUGGAACCCGAAAAUGUGGCUCUUAUUUCCUCUGAUGGGACCAGCUCACAAACAACGACCGGCAAAGAGCCCAGCCCGAACGAUGAGCAGACCUCCAGGAAGGCCAAGUCGGACGAGUUGGAUGAUUCUGACAACAAACAAAAGCCCUCCACCCAUCCAAGCACCAAAAUCCCUACAUUGAAGAAUGAAUACCACUCUCGCCCGGAAGUACACAUCCCCCAGAACUAUCCCGGCCGUUCAGGUUGGCCUCCAAAACCAUUAACGCACGAAGAAUUUGUACGAGAAAAGAUUCAAGAAGGUAUUCCUCCUGGGUAUAGCUCCGUUGCAUCUUCCAAAUAUAUCCUUAGACCAGAAGCCAUAGAAUCAGUAUGGUACAUGUAUCGCAUUACAGGUGACUCCAGCUGGAUGGAGAAAGGCUGGGCCAUGUUCGAGGCCACCAUGAAAGCCACCCGCGCACCGCAAGCCAACAGCGCCAUUGACAAUGUUCUCCUCGUAAACCCUGCACUUCUUAAUGAGAUGGAAAGCUUUUGGCUCGCCGAGACACUCAAGUACUACUACUUGCUGUUCUCAGGGCCAGACGUCAUAAGCUUGGACGAAUGGGUUCUCAACACGGAGGCUCAUCCUUUUAAACUGUAG